UUUUUCUAAUUGUUACCAGGACAAAUUGUCACUGGAAUGAAUUGUUGUACACCCAUUAUUUGGGCAUCUAAAUAUGCCAAUCACACAAGUUAUAUAUGUAAUCUGAAACCUCUUUAUUUAUUUAGAAGCACAUGAAAUGAGAGCCCCAGGCAGUUCCCCUGAUUUGAGGAUGGUCCUGGUUGGGAAGAUUGGAGUUGGGAAAAGUGCCUCAGGAAUCACCAUCCUGGGCAAAAAGGUGUUUACAUCACAAGCCAGUGACACCUCAGUUACAAAUGUAUGUGAGAAGGGAGAAGGAGAGGUUUCCGGGAGACGUGUUGUUGUGGUCGACACUCCAGCCUUUGGCACAGACCUCUCUCUGGAUGAAGUCACUGAAGAAAAAUGCAUUGCUCUGUCUGCCCCGGGACCCCACGCUAUUCUCCUGGUGAUUGAGAUGGGCCGAUUCACAGGUGAAGACAAGAGAACAGUGGAGACAAUCCUGAGGAGAUACGGAGAGGAAGCUGAGAGAUACACGAUGGUCCUUUUCACCAACUGGGACAAACUAGGAGAGAAGAAAAUUAAGGAGUUCAUUCAGGGAGCCAGCAAGGAGCUCCGGGAGCUUGUUGAGAAGUGUGGGGGCCAUUAUCACGCCUUCAACAACAAGGAAGAGAGUGAUUGCACCCAGAUUUCUGAGCUACUGGAAAAAAUAGACAGGAUGGUGGAAGGUAACAGGGGAAGCCACUACACCAGUGAGAUGAUCACAGGUGAAAAAAAUGAGGAAGAGCAAAGAGCUCAUUUGUGAAGAAAUGGACGUUGAAGAGCAAGCCAAUGAUAAGCCAA